AACCCUGCAGAAAGUCAAAUUUUGGGUUGGAAAAACAUGAAAUUUGUUUAGCAAAUAAAUCAAUUUUUCUGGGUUUUUUCUGUGGAAAAAUUGGAAUUUUGGGGUAGUGUGAGUGAGGAUGACCAUGUCGAUAAAGGAAAAGUCGGAGAGUGAGGAGAUUGAAUGGAGUCCUGAGGAUGAAAUUCAGCUGUUCUUUGCACUCGAUGGACUGAAGCCUGUUGGCAUAAACAAGUACUUUUUCAUGGCCUGCAUAGCUGACCGGCUGUCGAAGGCCCUAAACCGCGAAGUGUCCACGGAGGCCAUCUGGAGCCACCUCAAGACCAUGUACAAUCUCGAUGCUCUGGAUGAACUGGAGCCUCUGCCAUUUCCCAAUGAACAGAAGGAAUUUUCCCUUCCGGACGAAUUUAGCACUCUGAUCUCCAAGAAACGUCAAGAUAUUGAGGAGAUAAUUUUGCAGGAGGCCACCAAGAAAUUGGAGACACCAACAAAGGCUGAGGUGGCUAAGGCUGUCGCUAAGCCACCGACUGGAACUUCUCAAUCUUCCGGAACCAGCAAAGUUCAGAGCCAAAGUCGUGAAUCGCCGGCGGAAAAGAAGGUGGAUGUCCCAAAGAGAGCACCCAAGAGAACAAGGGGCUCAGCUUCUCUCGAGUCCAACAGCAGCCCAUCGACUACUCCACCUCCUGUUGUCUCCAAGCGCCGCCGAAUAUGAGCAACUUUCAGUCAGCUCUAGGCUAGAGAGAGCAAUCCCUAGAGCCCCUCUCUAGAGCUUAUCUAGUGAUUGAAAAUCCAAAUUUUUAUCUCCAAAAUUUUGUCAUAUUUUUUAUUUGUAUUCCUUUGUUCUAUUUGCUGAGGAAUUAGAUGUAUGUUUGUAUAUUUUUAGUUUAAUCUUAAAGGCUAAUAAAUCCUUUUAUCCGUAGAAA